UGGGUCUGGCUGAGCCCAGCACCUGCAGAGCCUUUGCUGGAAAAUAAAGGUUUGUCCCUGAGGCAAUCUGCAUGUGGAAACUACCUCCUCCGGCAGAGAAAAUGGGCCAGAAGGUCUCCCAGGAGGACAACCAGGAGAACAAGGCUGAAACUUUGGUCAUCUGUGAAGUCUUCAGCCAGGGUGUGCUCCAUGCGUCUCAAAGGCUGAAGGAUUAUCUGGGUUUUGUGGAUCCUCAAAGCAAAUUCCGGCCGGCCACGAACACGCUGAGCGAGAUCUUCCUGGUCAACUUUAUCGACUUCUGCGUGGGAAAGGGCGUGGAGGAGCGGAUUGUGACCAGCAGAAUGACCAAGCAGCAGUCCUCGCUGUUCGGCGUGGACUGGAUCUGGACCCUGUGUGGGUCUGACAAGCAGAUCAAGCUGCAGAUGGCCGUGCAGGCUCUGCAGCCGGCCGAGCUCUUCCACGGCGAGGGCCCUGCCGAGGAUUGCUGCCGGGAGGCUGCGCUGGCCGACGAGUGCUUCCAGAACAUGAGCAGGUUUGAGAAGCUGGCCGAGUUCUGCCGCCUGGUGGGACAGGACUGCCUGGGCUUGUUCGUCAUGUUCGGCGUGCCAGGGAAGCCCAAGGACAUCCGAGGAGUCCUGCUGGACAGCGUUGCCAAGGAGGAGCAAAAAUGCCGCCUGUCGGGCAGGAACGCGCUGCGGCAAUUUGUCACCAGCACUGACAGCUCCCUGCCCACAAAAGACAUGCUGGAAAAUUGCCUGGGCACCAAAAACAGGCUGAAGGACGUGGGCAAUGUGUACAUAAACUUUGUGUGAGCAGCUGGGCAGGAGCAGUGGCUCCGUGCAGCACCGGGGGCCACGCGGGGCUCAGCUCUGCCCCUCUCUCUCCUCCCCACACUCCAUUCCCUCCACAUUCCCCUCAACCCAUCGUGUUCCCUUAGCUCCUGCAGAAGCCAGGCUGAGUCAGCCUCUCCAGGUUUUAAAACAACGGGACAGACCUGCCAGAGAAAUGUGUUUAUAGAAGGCACGACGUUUUUCCAGAACAUUUUGUUCGCCAGACAUUAAGUCUUGG